AUUCAAAACGACCAGUGCCAAGAGAUGGACUCCACCAGUGAUAAAUGGGUGAAAUUAACAGAUAACGGAGAAUGGGGAUCUUAUUCUGUAACCCUGAAAUCAGGAACAAAUAUCUUGUACUGGAGAACAACGGGGAUAUUGAUGGGGUCGCAGGUGGUAAAGCCCAUUCUUGUGAAAAACAUCACAAUUGAAGGGGUGGCCUACACAUCUGAAUGUUUCCCCUGCAAGCCGGGCACUUUUAGCAACAAAUCAGGUUCCUCCUUCUGUGAAAUCUGUCCAAGAAACACCUACUCAGAAAAAGGGGCCAAGGAAUGCACCAAGUGUCCAGAAGCCACACAUUAUUCAGAUGAAGGAUCAGGCCGGUGUCUGGAACGCCUGCCUUGCUCCAGCAAGGACUUUUUCCAAAUCCACACGCCGUGUGAUUGGGAAGGAAAAACCCAGAUCAUGUACAAAUGGGUGGAGCCCAAGAUCUGCCAAGAGGAUGUCUCCGAAGCGGUGAAGCUCCCUCCUUCUGGAGAGAAGAAAGAAUGCCCGCCUUGCAACCCUGGUUUCUACAACAACGGCUCGUCUUUCUGCGCUCCGUGCCCAUCGGGGAUGUUUUCGAAUGGAAACCAGGGAGCAACUGUUGAAACGACGCUGGGAAAUGUUAAUAUUAAGCCAGAAAUGUUUGUGCCAUCUGAAACAAAGCUGCCCGAUGUUCAUUUCUAUUACAAGUCUUCGGGGGCUUCAGCCACUUGUGAAAAUGGCCGCACGUCUGUGGUGACAAUGAGGUGCAACCCCACGAAACUCGGCCAGGGAGAAAUUUCAGUUCCCAGUUCUUGUCCUGCAGGUACCUGUGAUGGGUGUGGAUUCUACUUCUUGUGGGAAAGUGCGGAAGCUUGUCCCAUGUGCACCGAGCAGGACUACCACGAGAUCGAGGGUGCUUGUAAAAAAGGACACCAGGAAACCUUAUACGUCUGGAAUGAACCCAAGUUCUGUAUAAAAGGGGUUUCCUUGCCUGAGAAAAAGAUUAUAAUCUGUGAAACGGUGGAUUUCUGGCUGAAAGUCGGUGCAGGGGUUGGUGCCUUCACAGGAGUCCUGCUCAUUGCCUUAACUUGCUAUUUCUGGAAGAAAAAUCAGAAAUUGGAGUAUAAAUAUUCAAAACUGGUGAUGACGGCCAAUUCCAAGGAGUGUGAGCUUCCGGCUGCCGAUAGCUGUGCUAUCAUGGAAGGAGAAGACAACGAAGAGGAAAUUGUGUAUUCGAAUAAACAGUCCUUGUUAGGAAAACUCAAGUCCCUGGCCACCAAGGAAAAAGAAGACCGCUUCGAAUCUGUCCAGCUGAAAUCCUCCAGAUCUCAAAAUAUAUGAAGGCUCGGUUUUGCCCGUUGUGCCCAAUUUCUGUUUCCAGGGGACCAAUUUUUCAAACUCGUGCUGAGACCCCAUCGGAGGAUUGGCUUCCUGGGUGAGAAACGUUGAGCGAUGGGCAAAGGAAGCAACAGAGAAAGAGAAGAAAAGAGAGAGGGGGAAAGAGGAGACACUGCCUUAUUGUGAGACUCAGUUGCCAAAAGCAAAGCCAGCCCUUAGCAUCCUACAGCUGUGGCUCAACUCAGGGAAUGAGGAACUAUGACGGCGUAGCCCGUUGGGUUGGCUCAGAGGCAGAAAAUCUGCAUGGCGUUUCCUUAAAAUAUACAGUAGCAAGAAAUUGAGAAACCGACAGUUUUCUGCCCUCCCUGCUCCCUCGGUUGCCAUCCUCCGUUCCAAACGUUGCUUCACUCUGUCCUGGGAGAGAAGGUCCUACCUGAAGCCAGGUAGAGGCCUACCUGUGCAUUGCUCUGGCAUGGCCGAUGCUGCUUCUCAGUAUCCCUCAAGUUCCCUGCUGUCACUCAUGUCAAACUGCUUGAGUUCUUAGAACAUGACCAGGCUCCGCCGGAUGAGCUGGGAGGGGCCGCGUUGAGUUUUUGUCUUGAAAUUGAAACAUCCCUCAAUGCUUGAAAGAGAGGAAAGGUUCCAGUCUCAUCUUUGGAAAGGGUUUCCACACACCCCCUCAACUUUGGCAAGGAAGAUGCUUGAUGCAGAAAGCCAAGGCGGGGUCUUGGUGAAGGCUGGGAAUCUAGUUUCUCUCCAGCAGAAGCAGCUAAAUCUACCUGCAGAUACGUCCGGGGGAUGGAC